CUCGCCUCCUCCGCCGCGCGCAUGGCCACCUCCGCCGCAGCCGCAGCCGCCGUGUCCUCGGCCGGCGCCGUCCCGCGCGCGGCAGCCACCGCGGUGGCGACCCGCGGGUUCGUCUCCUUCGGCGGCGGCGCCGCGGCCGCCCGGUCGCGCGCGCUGCGGUCCGGCCGCUUCGCUGGUGUGCGGACCCAUGUUGCAGCUGUUGAGCAAACAAUUGUGCAAGAUGCUACAAAGUUGGAAGCUCCAGUAGUUAUUGUGACAGGUGCCUCUAGAGGGAUUGGAAAAGCAACUGCAUUGGCUCUUGGAAAAGCUGGGUGCAAGGUCCUGGUGAACUACGCUCGGUCCUCAAAAGAGGCUGAAGAAGUCUCCAAUGAGAUCGAAUCAUAUGGUGGACAGGCUAUUACCUUUGGGGGAGAUGUUUCAAAAGAAGCUGAUGUGGACUCUAUGAUGAAAGCUGCUCUUGAUAAGUGGGGAACAAUUGAUGUGCUGGUAAACAAUGCAGGGAUUACUCGAGACACAUUAUUGAUGAGGAUGAAGAAAUCACAAUGGCAAGAUGUAAUUGAUUUGAAUCUUACUGGUGUUUUCCUCUGUACACAAGCUGCUACAAAAAUAAUGAUGAAGAAGAAAAAGGGAAAAAUUAUCAACAUAGCAUCAGUUGUUGGUCUUGUUGGUAAUAUUGGCCAAGCUAAUUACAGUGCUGCCAAGGCUGGGGUUAUUGGCUUGACGAAAACAGUGGCUAGGGAAUAUGCAAGCAGAAACAUCAACGUGAAUGCUAUUGCGCCUGGAUUCAUUGCAUCAGACAUGACUGCUGAACUUGGCGAGGACCUUGAGAAGAAAAUCUUGUCAACUAUUCCCUUAGGGAGAUAUGGCAAACCGGAGGAAGUUGCUGGGUUGGUCGAGUUCUUGGCUCUUAAUCCUGCAGCCAACUACAUCACUGGACAGGUUCUUACCAUUGAUGGGGGGAUGGUGAUGUAGGCUGAACGCUUGAAGAAACUUGGUUGAGUUCAGGAUUUGCUCAGUAGAAAAGGAUGUUUUAUAUAUACUUCUUGCAUAUGAUUUUGGACUACACAGGUCGUUUGUCGCUCGAUUUGUAACACCAGUGAAUAAAUUAGGUGUUGGAAGUUCAGUUAUGUGCUUGAUGUUCUGAUGUCUCAAUUUCUGUAGCGAAAUCAGUUAGAUUUCUUGCUAGUGCAAUUUAGAGAGAAGGAAACGGCUGCUACUUGGUAGCAGAGAGAGUUUGUUUUGUCCUCUGUGACUUAUUUUAAUGAAAAUGCUAUAUUUUUUUAGCCAAA